GGGCGAGCGCCAAAGACCUGGGACCGGGUGUGACAGCGCAGCCCGCGCGGCCCGAUCUGGGCGGGUCUCUCAGCGGCCCCCACCCCCAGCCGCCGUCGCGAUGGGGAUGUGUUUUCCUUGUCCCGGGGAGUCCGCGCCCCCGUCGCCAAACCUGGAAGAGAAAAGAGCAAAACUUGCAGAGGCUGCAGAGAGAAGACAGAAGGAGGCUGCAUCCCGGGGCAUUUUGGAUGUUCAAUCUGUUGAAGGAAAGAGAAAGAAAAAGGAAAAAUUAGAAAGGCAAAUGGCUGCAUCUGGACCCCCAUCAGAAGGUGGACUUAGAUGGACGGUUUCAUAAAGUACAAGAUGAGUGGAAGAGUCUACUGCCAACAACUAAUAUCUGCAAUCAAGUGGACAUCCUCAGUUUAAUAUCUUGUUUUUGAAUAAAUGAAGAUUCAGACUUUCUAUUAUUAGUAUCCAUAACUGCAGUGCUUUUUCAGAAUGCUUUUGAUUUUCAAACUUAGAAAAACACCAGAUAUUUCAGUGAAUAUUUAUUUUCCUAUACUUACUCUUCUGCAGAUAGUGGAUGAUUUUCCAUUUUUUGAUAGCUAAAACAUCAACGUAAAGCAUUGCCUGUAAAACUUCUGCAUACAUCUCAAAUAUUAAAAUUUUCAAUUGCGUUGUCCCUUUGUAAAAUAAUCUAGAUAUUUAUAAUUGUGUAGUUUAGCCUUAUAUGUUUAUUGCAUUACAUGUGAAGGACUUUUGCUUAAACUUAUGGACUUGGUGCCUUUAAACUGAUCAUCAGGGAAAACAUUUAAAAAAUCACUUGAAGGGCUUACGUGGAGGAACAUUAUGAAUUUUUAUAACUUAGUAAUCAAUAUUUGUAGAAAAUGUUUAAUUUCUUCUAAUUUAUUUUCCAUUUCUGCAGCUUAUAAAAUUAACAUGGUGUGUUUUACAUUAGAAUAAGUUUUUGUUUUUGUUUUCCUGAAUUUAAAUUAUAUGUUCAUGUUACCAUCAGAGGGCAGUGAUGUUCUAUUGUACAGUAUCAGACCAGAAAGAUCUUUGAAGUAAUUAAAUGAACUAAUCUAGGAAUCUGGAUGGAUUAUGAAUGACGAUGUAUUGUCCAAAUUUUACAGCUGUUUUAAUUUUUUUUAUUUACUGAAGAGUGAGCAGAUUUAUGCAGAUAUGAAAUUGCCACUGCAAAUAAGAAGUACGGAAGAAAAGCAUGUAGUACUAUAUUCAAAAAGGUCUACUUUAAACAAAAAUAUUAUGAGGUAAUUCCAUAUGAUGCUUAGGCAUAAACUUUAUAUUUUUGUUUACUAGUAAUAUGAAUUUUUGGUAGCAUUUGUAUUUUCUGAGUUUUUCCUUUUAAUAUGUAGUUAACUAAAAGAGAAGAAUUGCUUUAUCUUGUCAUUAUUUAUUACUGAUUGCUAAUUCUUUUGAAUGGUGAGACUGUAAUCUGAAGUCUAAAUUAAAGUUUGCAGAUACUAAGUGCCAAUAGGAACUGUAAAUUAAAUAGACCAAUUUAUUUGAUUUACAGAAAGGAAACUGAGCCAAUGUUGCAUCCAUCCCUCCCACAAGAUAUGCUACAUUGCACUAUAUUGUAUAUGUUAAUUUUAAGAGUUCAAACGAUAAUGUAGGUCUCUUGACUCCUCAUUGUAAAAAUCACUUUUUCUAUUAUAGCAUGAAAUAUUGUAGGAAUAUCAGGCAGGACACAUAAUCUUAAUUUUCUUCAGCCUUUACAGGAUUAUUGGUAUUUUCAUAAAGAUAGUGAAACCACUGAGUUGUGUUUUAGAAGGAAAAAACUUACCUUAUGAACGUAAUUAAAUUUUUCAAGACAGAAAGGAAAUUGGAUACACUAAUUGCUGGAUGGAUGGGAACCAGAGCAUAUAAUCCGUGAAGUGUGCAAUCCCUUCCUAUUGUUGUAAAAUAGAAAGGAUAAUCUUACCUGUAUUACAUGUUCAAGAAUUACAGCUUAGGUUAAUUUAAACAAAAGGUUUACAUCAAGGAAUAAUGCCCUAUUUCUAGUAGCAGUUUAUAUCCAAAUACCAUGCUUAUUUACUGUUGAGCUGUGAAUAAUAAAUAAUAUGCGGGUGUAUUGCUUUCUGUGUAUGGGAAUAUGAGAAUCCAGCCAACCAUAGCCUGCCUCCAUGGGUGUGAUCAGUUUCCUCAAAACCCCAAGGGUUGCAUGUGCUAAAGGGUGAUACAUAAAUGUGUCAGGAAGGGGAAGGAAAGAGAGAGAGAGAAAGUGUCUAAUAGGAAACUAGUAAGUGAGUAGGGGGAAAAAAUGUACGCACACGUACACAUACACCCCUCAUAAAAUGAUCAGUUCCUGGUGAAAACAUUAACUUGGAACCAAUUUGGCAUAAUUCAUCAUUUAAAAAGGAAAAUAUAAUGCUUACUACAUCACUCAACCAUACUACUAAACUAUAACAAAUAGUAAAAUGCAUAGAUGUAACUAUCAUGUUAAGAUGUAAAAUGCUUAAAUCGUUGCUUCUUAAAUCUAAUCAAACAAUAUGGCUGAUAACAAAAUGUUGUGUACUGUUACACAGCCCCUGUGCUGACAUGUAGCAUGUUUUUUUUAAACAUCUCUGUGAUACUACUGUUCCACUAAUUGUAUUAUUUUGUAAUUAAUAGUUUUCCCAUACAUGUUUUGUUAAAAAUUCUGUACUGCCUUAUGAGGAUAUAAAUAUACAUUUUUCUUAUAUAAAAUUUGGCUUUGGCCAUCUUUAUUAAACUUAUCUAGAUUUGGGCUAGUUGCUGGGCAAAUUUCAGCAAUAGUUUCAUCACUUUGGAACUAAUGAGAAGAGAACUGGAGACACUUUGAUAUGGUCAUACAAUCUCUAAAUUUUUAGGUACGCCUGUUUCUUUUCAUAUAUUCUAAAGGAGAAAUGAUAUUAUUUGUGUCAUAUUUUUCUUUCAGAACUAAUACUGUAAUAAAGAUUCCAGCUGUCAU